UCACUAGAAGCAUUAUCCUCGAGAUCCUUCUUUAAACCAUCCAAACGUGCAACUACUAUUUAUACCUUCCAUCCUCCACCGUAACAUUUCAUUCGUAACCACCACUAAUCUCUGAUCAUUCACCGGCAGAUCAUGGCUGCGCGUUACGAACUAGAGAUCACGAUUUCCUCUGCCAAAAAUCUUAAAAACAUCAACUGGCGGCACGGCCCUCUCAAGCCGUAUGCCGUAGUUUGGGUAGACCCCAAAAAUAAAUGCUCUACACGGGUCGAUGAGGAGGGAGACGAGUCGCCCAUAUGGGAUCAAACCCUCGUCAUCCCUCUGAAUGACCCGAUAGAGGAUUCCACUCUCUACAUCGACAUCGUCCACGCCAACGCGGCGGAGGACACGAAGCCGUUGAUCGGCUCCGCCAAGCUUAAACUCAAGGACGUCGUUGAUGAGGUCGGCAUCGGAGAGGCGUUUACUGACAGUCUAAAACUGAAACGCCCCUCUGGCCGACCCCAUGGGAAGGUGGAGGUGAAAGUGUCUGUUAGGGAACCGCGCUAUCAUGCGCCGGAUCCCUACUAUGCUCCUCCGUAUGGUGUACCCCCACCGCAGUACCACCCUGCCCCACCACCAUACGGGGGAAAUUAUCCCUACACAGCUCCGCCAUCAGGGUAUCCGUAUUCCCCAUACGGUGCACCUCCACCUCAAUAUGGGCAGGGUGGGUACGGUGGUCAACCAUCGUACGGGUAUGCUGCGGAGGAGAAGAAGAGUAAGUAUGGGAUGGGGACCGGACUGGCGGUCGGUGCGGCGGCCGGUUUGUUGGGUGGGUUGGCCAUAGCUGAGGGUGUUGAUUAUGUGGAAGAUCAAAUAGCCGAAGAUGCUGCCGAGAAGGUUGAGGAAGAUCUCGGUUACGAUGACGAAUAGACCGUUUCGUUCUUAUUCCUUAUCUUUUUUCUUUGUUUUGUUAUUUGUCACCCGAAGAUGCUCAUUUAUGUGUUUUCAAUAAUUAAAUGAAAGUUACGUAAAUUAAAUUUGGUGUAACGUGAUAACGGAAUUAAGACUGAGUAGCAGGAAUAUUGUGGUUGAAA